CGCAUUCCUAAUGUUUAGAGUAACUGGACCAGCUAUCGGUAUUGAUCUGGGUACUACUUACUCCUGUGUCGGUGUGUUCCAGCAUGGGAAAGUAGAAAUCAUCCCCAACGACCGGGGGAACAGGACUACCCCUAGCUAUGUCGCCUUCACUGACACAGAGUUUCUCGUUGGAGAUGCAGCAAAGAACUGUAUCACCAUGAAUUCGAUUAACACGGUCUUUGGUGCCAAGCGACUCAUUGGAAGGAAGUACAACGAUCCUACAGUAGCCGCUGACCGCAAGCACUGGCCAUUCUCUGUAGUUAACCUUGAUGGCCACCCAAAGAUCUUGGUAGACUACUUGGGGGAGACAAAGGCCUUCUACGCUGAAGAGAUUUCCUCUGUGGUCCUCACUAAAAUGAGGGAGACAGCUGAGGCUUACCUUGGGAAGACUGUCACUGAUGUAGUCAUUACAGUUCCUGCUUACUUCAAUAUUUCACAACGUCAAGCAACAAAAGAUGCUGGAAUUAUUGCUGGUCUCAACGUCCUACGUAUCAUCAACGAGCCCACGGCUGCUGCCAUUGCCUACAGUCUGGACAAAAAAGCUGGGACAGAGAGGAAUAUCCUCAUCUUUGAUUUGGGUGGGGGUAAUUUUGAUGUCUCCAUCCUUGCAAUUGAGAAUGGCAUAUUUGAAGUGAAGUCUAUUAUUGGUGACACUCACUUGGGAGGUGAGGAUUUUGAUUCUCGUAUGGUUGACUACUUCAUGAAGGAAUUUCAACGUAAAUACAUGAAGGACAUGUCCAGCAACCCACGUUCUGUCUGUCGUCUCAGGACCGCCUGUGAGAGAGCUAAGAGGACCCUCUCCUCCAGUGCUCAAGCAUUUAUUGAGAUUGACUCUCUCUUUGAGGGCAUUGACUUCUACACUACCAUCACUCGUGCUCGUUUUGAAGAACUCAAUGCUGACCUCUUCCAUCGUACCUUGGAACUAGUCGAGAAGGCACUCCGUGAUGCAGGAGUUGAUCAAAUACAUGAUAUUGUUCUGGUUGGUGGUUCCACUCGUAUCCCUAAGAUCCAGAAGCUCCUCCAGGACUUCUUCAAUGGGAAGGAACUGAACAAGUCCAUCAAUCCUGAUGAAGCUGUCGCUUAUGGAGCUGCUGUCUAUGCAGCCAUUUUGAGCGGAGACAAGAGUGAGGAGGUGCAGGAUUUCCUUCUCCUUGACGUUGCUCCUCUUUCUCUCGGUAUUGAGAGAGCAGGAGGAUUUUUCACGGCUCUCAUUAAAAGGAACACUACCAUACCAAAGAAAGAACAAGUGACUUUUACAACUUACUCUGACAACCAGUCAAGUGUCCUUAUCCAGGUCUAUGAAGGAGAGAGUUUCAUGGCCAAGGACAAUAAUCUCCUUGGUAUGUUUCAGCUCUCUGGCAUCCCUCCUGCUCCCCGUGGAGUACCUCAGAUCCAGGUUAUAUUUGAUAUUGAUCGUGACGGUAUCCUUAAUGUCUCUGCUUCUGACAAGAAUGCCAGAAAAGAGAACAAAAUCACCGUCACCAAUUUUGAAAGACGUCUUUCAGCUGAAGAGAUUGAGCGUAGGAUCAGAGUGUUCAAGGCUGAAGAUGACAACUUUGACAAGCAGGCUUUGAUGUUUUAUUCAAAAAUGGCUGAGUAUCCAUAGCCUCUGACAAUUGUUCCGAGCAUGUUUUACUGCUCCCGAUCAGCUUUGUAUUUAGUUACAGUUUAAUCUUUAUAUUUUUGAUUCAUGCAACACCAUUUCUUUUAGCUAUUGCUCAAUUAUAAAGCUGUAACAGGACAAA